AUGGAAGAGCCAGCCUGUAAAAAGGCGAGACACGAAGGUAUAUCAGAGUGUGAAGAUUCUGAGGCCAUAGAUGGGUUGAGUGAGUUGGAAAAACUUGAUCCUUUACCUCAAACAAAUGAUACUGAUACUGGACCUUCAACAAGCCAGGCAGGACCUGGUAGUGCUUCGGGCGGAGCACCACCUUCGUUCGGUCAACCAACUACUCAAGCUCCUCAGCAACCUUCAUCAGUUUUACAAGAAUUGUUAAUGCAUCCACAACAGACAAAUAAUAAUUCUCCUCGGACAGGCCCUGCUUUCUCUGUACAGUCUCAGCAGCAGCAAAAUAGUUUUAAUACUAGAAGUCCUAUGCCAGGGCCUAACGGUUCAGGAAAUACUAUGAUGUCCCCGCCGAGUACUGCCUUAGUUAAUUCCGGAAGAAAUUCAAGUGGACCAGGGCCUUCUCCAGGAGGUCCACCAGGACCUUUACAGCAACCAGGCAGCAACGCUAUGCGGGCUCCUGUUCCAAAUCAACAUCCAAACAUGUUCGGUCCAGGCCCGGGUGGCGAAAUGGUUAACCAGUCUCAAUACGGAAUGAUGCAGAAUCAGGGUGCACAAAUGAGAGGCUAUCCACCAAAUAUGGGUUAUCCUCCACAAGCACCACAAGGAGUACCUUAUCCACCAGCGGGACGAGGGCAACAACCGAUACGUGGAAAACCAGGGCAGCCAAUGCUUCCUCCAGGAAAUAUGAACAGGCAAAUGCCUAGUGGACCAUCUGUAAUGAUGAAUCAGAUGAUGAGACCACAUCAUAUGAUGGAUCAAAAUCAAUUUAACGGUCAGUUCAACGGACAACCCAGACAAGGACAGUUUAUGGCUGCGGCAAACCAACAAUGGGCAGGCGGUCGUGGUCAACCGUAUGCCAAUCAAAUGAUGCAUCCAGGACAACAAGGAGCUCAGAUGAUGAUGAUGGAUCCUUCGCAACAAAACGGUCCUCCAGCACCUCAAGUAAUGCGGCAGACAACGAACCUAAUUCAUCAGCAGCAGCAGCAACCUAUGCCUCCUCAGCCAAAUAUGAGUAUGUCAAACGGGCACAUGCCUCCCUCAGCUGUUUCUAAUCCUAAUCAACCACCUCCCAAUGCUAUGGGGGUCGCUCCAAGAGGAGGAAUGCCUAAUGCUCAAGCUCCCGGCGCUCAAGAUCCUGAGAAACGAAAGCUCAUACAGCAACAACUCGUGCUCCUUCUCCAUGCUCACAAAUGCCAACAACGAGAAAGAGCGGAUCCAUCACGAGUAGAUAAUGCUGUUCAUUGCAAUUUACCUCAUUGCAAUACUAUGAAAGAAGUCUUGCAGCACAUGACAUCUUGUAAUAAUGGUCGUGGAUGUCUAUAUCCCCAUUGCGCCUCAUCUCGUCAAAUAAUUGCUCACUGGAAAAACUGUCAGCGCGAAGAUUGUCCUGUUUGCAAACCUCUAAAAAGCAUUCAGAACAAUCCAAAUGGUUCCGCUGGUCAAACAGGUUUAAAUGAAAUGUCCUCCCUGCUUGGUCCGAAUUCAGUAGGGUCCUCCAAUCCCGGUUUAGGCGCUGCAGGUCCUGGAUCAGUUGAUCCUCUCGGUCAAUUUGGUUCACCGCCUUCUACAAACCCUAAUGCUCAACUCCCAGCAAAAACCUUACUGUUGCACGAUUGGAAUCCUGGGGGCCCACCAAGCGAUCCAUUCCGAUCUCCAAACCCUCCUAAUAAGAAUAUAAAUUUACAAGGCUUGCCACCUUCAAUGGCUAAGGGUCCCAAUGAUUUUUCAACGUUAGAUUUUCCUCCACCUGAGCUGCCAAGCACUGUGAAAGAUUGGCAUGCUCAUGUUACAAAGGAAUUAAGAAAUCACUUGGUGGGAAAACUGGUGAAAGCCAUUUUUCCCUCUCCCGAUCCUAACGCUAUUCAUGAUCAAAGAAUUCGUGAUCUCAUAAAUUAUGCUCGUAAAGUAGAGAAGGAGAUGUUCGAGACAGCUAAUGAUAGGGAAGAGUAUUAUCAUUUUCUAGCAGAGAAGAUAUAUAAAAUUCAGAAGGAGUUACAAGAAAAGAAAAACAGUCGCCUAAAGCCAGAAAUUGAUUUGACGGACCUGGAAAUGCCAUGUCCGCCUAACCGAGCGGUUGGUCCUUCCCCCGUUUCUGCGAAUCAGCCUCAACAACAAUCACAGCCUUCGAGUCAAUGGUCAUCAUUCCCAGGCAGCCAGCAGGAACUACCCGACAACAAAGGAAAUAUCGACAGUGUGUCUCAAUUGAACAGUGAACUACAGUCGAAUGUUAGCACACCUUGUAUUAAAGAAGAAGACACUAAGAAAGAGGUUUCGUCCAACAGCUCCACUCCGAAUCUGACACCUGCUGCUACUCCAACGCAGAAUGGAAUGAACUUCAAAGCCAUCAAAGAAGAACCAUGCUCAAGUGAAAGCAGUAUGUUAGCAGUGGUGAAGACUGAGCCCACUGUCAAACGUGAGCCAACCCCACCAAUAGGAGAGGAUCAAAACUUCAGUGCUGAUGAAUUGAGACACUUCCUUCUCCCAGUUUGGGAAAAACUGGACUCAAGUGAUGAUGCAGUCCCCUUCCGAGUUCCUGUUGAUCCUCAGCUAUUGAACAUUCCUGAUUAUCUUGAUAUUGUCAAAGAACCAAUGGACUUAUUAACAAUCCAAACUAAGCUCAACAGCGGUUUGUAUACUAGUCCAUGGGGUUUCUGUGAUGACAUAUGGCUCAUGCUGGAAAAUGCCUGGCUCUACAAUAGGAAAAACAGCAAAGUGUAUAAGUUCAGUACUAAGCUUUCUGAAAUGUUUGUUGCCGAAAUGGACCCGGUUAUGCGAGAAAUGGGCUACUGCUGUUCUCGUAAAAUGUCGUUUACUCCACUUGCGUUGUUUUGUUACGGAGCGUCAAUGUGCACAAUCGCUCGUGAUCAACCAUAUUGGGUUUAUGAGCAGAGCUCAUGUCAAUUUGGUGUCACUGUUUCUGAACGUUACACAUAUUGUGUGAAAUGUUUCGAAACCCUUCCUCCUGAAGGCAUAAGUCUUUCUGAAAACCCCGCUGAUACCACUAACAUGGCUUCAAAAAGCGUUUUCAUUCAGAAGAAGAAUAGUGACAUUGAUUUCGAACCUUUCGAACAUUGCAAAUAUUGCCAUAGAAAAUGGCACAGAAUUUGUGCUUUGUAUGACAAGAAGGUUUACGCUGAGAAUUUCACCUGUGAUACAUGUAGGGCGAAAAAAUCUUACGAAAAGCCCGAAAAUCGAUUUACUGCCAAGAAAUUGCCUCAUAAUAAACUCUCAAGCUUUUUGGAAGACAGAGUGAACGGUUUUCUUCGGAGUCAUCUGACAAAUAAAGCAGAUAAUUAUGAAGUUAUAAUUCGAACAUUGUGUGUCCAAGACAAGGAAGUUGAAGUAAAGCCUAUGAUGAGUCAAAAGUAUUGCUCAAUGGGAUUCCCUCCCAAAUUUCCCUACCGCACAAAAGCUAUCUUUGCCUUUGAAGUGAUAGAUGGAGUUGAAGUUUGCUUUUUUGGUUUACAUGUUCAAGAAUACGGAAGUAACUCACCUAAACCUAAUCAGAGACGUGUGUAUAUUGCCUAUUUGGAUUCCGUUCAUUUCUUCCAACCUCGAGAGUAUCGUACAGAUGUUUAUCAUGAAAUUUUAUUAGGAUAUCUUGACUAUGUAAAGAAACUUGGUUAUACCAUGGCUCAUAUUUGGGCUUGCCCUCCUUCUGAAGGAGACGACUAUAUUUUCCAUUGUCACCCUGCUGAGCAGAAAAUUCCGAAGCCAAAAAGACUGCAAGAUUGGUACAAGAAAAUGCUUGAGAAGGGGGUAGCCGAGCAGACUGUAGUGGAGUUCAAGGAUAUUUACAAACAAGCUAAAGACGAUCAGCUGAGCACUCCAAUGACUCUUCCUUACUUCGAAGGAGAUUUCUGGCCCAAUGUUAUUGAAGAUUGUAUAAGAGAAGCAAGUACAGAGGAAGAAAAUAAGAAGAAAAUUGAAGUAGUCGAAGGAGAGGAAGAAGAGGAUGACCUCUACACUACUUCUGAUAAUGGAAAGAAGAAGAGCACCAAAAACAAAAAGAAUAAUCUCAAGAAGAAUUCCAAAAUAAAGAAGAAGCAAGGAGGAUCCACAGGAAAUGAGAUUGCUGAUAAACUGUUCUCCCAAUUCGAGAAGCACAAAGAAGUGUUUUUCACCAUCCGGCUAGUAACUCCUCAAUCUGAAUUGUCGCUUCAACAAAUUCCCAUUGUUGACCCUGAUCCUUUGAUGCCGAGUGAAAUGAUGGAUGGAAGAGAUACAUUCUUAACGCGUGCUCGUGACGAACAUUGGGAAUUCAGCUCACUUCGUAGAGCCAAGUUCUCAACGCUCUGCUUGUGUCAUGCCCUUCAUGAUACGGACAAUGCUAAAGAAACCACCUACUGUAACAAGUGCAGCAGCCAAAAUGCUAAAUACCAUUGCAAUACAUGUGAAGACUACGAUCUUUGCGAGCCAUGCUAUACCGGCUUGAAGCACGAACAUCCUAUGGAGCAAAUCAAGACUUUGAUCGCUAGUACUGAAGGAGAGAACGCAGGAGGAAAUAGAUAUGAGAGCAUACAGCGCUGCAUACAGUCAUUGGUUCACGCAUGUCAAUGCCGUGACGCAAACUGUCGUCGAAUGUCAUGCCAUAAGAUGAAGAGAGUUGUUCAACACACGAAGAUGUGCAAGAAACGAGUUAGUGCAAGUUGCCCGGUGUGUAAGCAGUUAAUCGCCCUCUGCUGCUAUCAUGCUAAGCAUUGCUCUCGUGAUUCUUGUUCGGUUCCAUUCUGUAUGAAUAUCCGUCAAAAGCUUGCUGAACAAAAGAGAUCUAUCUCUCGUCGCGCCGACAUGAUGAUGAGAAGACGUAUGGAAGGCUUACAAGCAGGAGGUGGAAGUGUGAACAGCGGAAACCCUGCGCCUGCUGGCAAUGUCAACGUUAGUACACCACCGACGACAAGUAAGCCGGAAGCUGCAGUUUCUUCUAAGGUGGGAAAAUGA